ACACCGUUGUGGCGCGCCGACUCGGGAGCACGCUCGCGCCAUCUUUUUGACAACUGUCUUAAAGUUACCGCGAGUGAAAUAAGAGUUUUUCCGGAAGAAAAAAAAUAUUAAGAAAACGCGUUUCGUUAGUUCGUGUUUUGAAAUAGUUUUGAAAUCUUAAAAAAUGGAUCACGCCCACCACGAUAUUAACAGUGUGCCGGCAGCGCCGAUGCACGGAGACCAUGGAGACCACGGAGACUGCGACAGCCCGUGCGCCGACAUGGGACACAGCCACGCGAUGGUGUUCCACGCUAACGUGUGCCAGGAGAUCCUAUUUAACGGCUGGCUGACCACUACAGCGCUGCAACUGUUCGGCUCUUGCGUAGCUAUUUUUGUCGCUGGAGUCCUUUAUGAAGCACUCAAGUACUACAGAGAGGCUCUACACGUGAGAGCCACCAGUGCGACGGGUGACUCCACGGUCAACAUCGCCAAGAACGAGUGCGGCUCCAACGGGAACUGCACCGGACCUUCCGUUGUCAAAUACAGCAUGUGGUCGGGCGGGCACGUGGUGCAGACGGCGAUGCACGUGGUGCAGGCGACGGCGUCGUACGUGCUGAUGCUGGUGUUCAUGACGUACAACGUGUGGCUGUGCCUGGCGCUGGUGCUGGGGCUCGGCCUCGGCUACUUCAUCUUCGGCUGGCGCAAGAACACCGUCAUCGACGCCAACGAGCACUGCCAGUGAACCGGACCGCCCCCCACUUGUAUCGUUUUGUCUUAACAUUGAAAUAAAAUUAUCUUUUGUAUGUGCUUUCACGUCGGUGUUCAAUUUUAUUUCUCGCGUCCGUUCUUCUUCUCGACUACGUUCAAAACGUGACCUAGUUCGACGGUUUUUUUUUUAUUUUUAAUAUGGUACCUCCCGAAAUUGUAUUGCAAGUGAAUGGUGAGGCGUAUUUAGACAUUUUUUAAUUGAUAUUGAAAUAUGAGAUAUUCUUUUUUAUCUUAAUAUCGUGAAGUUGAGGAUGCAAUAACCAUAUAAAUUUUGUUUACCAUCUUUUAUUGACAUUUUCAAGUUUUAUUUCCUGGAUAAAUUAGCAAAUUGACUGUUGUAUCGAUACUGAAGUUCUUCGUAGUCGCUUUGACUAUUAGGUACAUACUAUUGUAAAUCCUAAAUGGCGAAUCGAUUAGUAAAUGCAUGGACAGAAAAUUCAUACCAUAUCGCCGCAGUGAACGAAAACAGAAUAAGUUGAAUUAGAUUCACUUAAACAUUUUAUUGCCUCUAUAAUGUGUGUGUAUUCACUUUACCUUUAAGUGAUAUUUACAAAACAAAUUCAUCUCAUCACCCACGAAUGAUGACAAAUAUAAUUAGAAAUUAAUGCUCAAUUAAACAAUCGUGAUAGCGCUCAUGUCAAACUAUUGACAAAUUAGAUAAUUAUGUACAUAUGUAAUAAAGAAAUAUAAUGUUUAAUAUUAAAUUAUUAUUGAAUUUAUUGUUAUAACUUUAUAGAAAGUCUGUUUUCACAAUAUUAACCAUUAAUUUGAGAACCCCUCUGAAGGUAUACAUGACCUAAAAGGUAACCUACCUAUGCGUGGUUCUGUGAAAUAUUAAUUUCAUUCAUCGCGUUAAUAUUUAAUGUAUUGAAUUUUUUAUUGUACAUACGUCACCUAAAUGCUGAUUUUUUGUAUAUGAAAAUAUGGAGGUACAUAUGUUUAUUUUUCAAUCAAUUGCGUGACAACUCUAAGUUAUAUUAUUUUCCACAUACUUUAUUAUUACUUAUAGUAUAAUGUAGAUUUAAGUUGUAGACAUGUAAAUAGGCUUAAUUUGUGAUAUUAUGAUGAAAAAUACAUUCCUAUUAC